UGUCACUUUGGCACUUUCACAUUUCGUGUAAAAGUCGUAUUGUAUAAAUUCCAAAGGGCGCCCUUUCAGAGGGGGGAGAAACCGAAAAAAAAUCAUGCCAGUCAUCAAGUUGCAGUCCUCCGAUGGUGAACUUUUCGACACCGAUUCCGAAACUGCAAAAUGUUCGAGUACCAUUAAAACCCUGCUGGAGGACUGUGCACUGGAGGCGGAGAAUGACCCACUUAUUCCGCUGCCGAAUGUGAACUCGACGAUUCUGAAAAAGGUCCUCAUUUGGGCCAAGCACCAUCGGGGCGAUAAUGAAGAAGAAAGCGAGGGGACCGAAGCAGCCCGGCCAAUGGUGGAUAUCAGUGCCUGGGACGCCGAGUUCCUCGCCAUGGAUCAGGGCACCCUCUUCGAGCUCAUCCUGGCGGCCAACUACUUGGACAUCAGGAGUCUACUGAACGCCGCCUGCAUGACAGUGGCGAAUAUGAUAAAGGGCCACACCGCGGAAGAGAUUCGCCGGACCUUUCAUAUUAACAACGAUUUCUCGCCCUCCGAGGAGGAUUUACUGCCCGCGGAGACCGAGGCCCCGGAAGAGGACGAAUCAACCGAGUAUGGCGAUAUAUAAAUUCGGAAUGAAUAUAGCUUAAUAAAUACUACUGAGAAAACUGGGUUAUUUCGAA